AUGAUUGAAUCUAUAAAACCGGGUUUUGUUCAAUUAAGUGAACUUGGAAGUACUAGUGCUGGUGGUAAAGUACUAUUUGCCACUGAUGAUUUUUUCGCUGCUUGUGAGAACAUGAUAUCUGAUACCGAUCCCAUCUUUAUUGCUGACAAAUAUACAGAAUUUGGAAAAUGGAUGGAUGGCUGGGAGACUAGAAGGAAACGCGUUGCGGGUCAUGAUUGGUGUAUAUUAAAACUUGCAACAAAAUGUGUCAUCAGAGGUUUUCUAGUUGACACAGCGUUCUUCACUGGAAAUUACGCGCCUAAAUAUUCCAUACAAGCAGCUUGUUUAUCUUCUGAAGAUGAAGUAUCAAUGCCAGAAAGAAUUGAAUGUAUUGGAUCUGCCUGCAGUGAAUGUGAUUUGAAACAAAUUAAAAAACUAAAAUCAGAUAAAUGGGAAGAAAUAGUACCAAUCACUGCACUACAGCCCGGAUACGAAGAAACUCGACACAACUUCCAAAAGGUAUUAAGUGAUGAAGCUUGGACUCAUAUACGUGUUAAUAUUUUUCCUGAUGGAGGAAUAGCAAGGUUAAGGGUUUUUGGUGAAGCUAAACCAGAAACACCAGCUUACAAUGAAAUAGUAGACUUAGUGUCUGUGGUAAACGGCGGUUAUUGCGUGGGAUUCUCAAAUGCACAUUACGGACAUCCCAGUAAUAUGAUUAAGCCAGGAAAAAGUAAAAUAAUGGCAGACGGAUGGGAGACGGCCAGAAGAUUAGACAGGCCUACUGUUAUUGAAGUUAACGCUGAUGGUACUUUAAACGUUCAAGGUGAGGAGUGGGCUGUAUUUAAGCUGGGAUUCAUUGGUAGAAUAAAAAAGGUCUGCAUCGACACAACUCAAUUCAAAGGAAAUUUUCCCGAUACUGUUAAAAUAGAAGGUGUUUACUUGGGAAACGCUAGCUGGCCAGAAUCGAAAGAUGCCCUUUGGCGUUUAAUAAUAAAACCAAGCAAGCUAACAGCAAACAAAGAGCAUUGGUACAGCUGCGAUUCAGAUGUCACGUCUCAUAUAAAAGUGACAAUGGCUCCUGAUGGUGGGAUAAGUAGAAUUAGAAUAUUUGGAGUAGUAGAUUCAAUAAUAAAUUAA